AUGAAUACGACUAAGUGCGGCACAGGAGCCUUCUCGGUCCUGAUGUCUUCCUAUAAGGAGACUGAAGCUUGGAAAGAGGCGUCUGCCGCCGAGGACCGCGGCUUUCGUCCCACCAAGGGCAACGGCGGCAGACGGAAAGCGCCGUUCUACAAAGUCAUGCAGGGAAUGCCCAUUGCCGUGGAUGCUUUCCGGUACGGCACCAUUCCUGGCGUCACAGCAUACUUCUUGACGCACGCCCAUUCCGACCACUACACAAACCUGUCCGCCAACUGGCGCAGCGGGCCCAUCUAUUGCUCUGAGGGCACCGCAAACCUGAUCGUGCACAUGCUCUGCGUCGACCGGCAGUGGGUGUGCCCCCUGCCGAUGGACGUGCCGACGCUGGUCCCGGACACGGGCGGCGUGUGCGUGACACUCAUCGAGGCAAACCACUGCCCGGGCUCGUGCCUCUUCCUGUUCGAGGGCCCGCAGACAGUGCACGCGGGCGACAGCGCGUUCCGCUCGCCAUUCGUUGGCGCGACGCGGACAUUUCGCUACCUGCAUUGUGGCGACUUCCGCGCGAGCCCGCAGCAUGUGCUCCACCCCGCGAUCCGAGGGAAGCAUAUCGACCACGUCUAUCUGGACACAACGUACCUCGAUCCCAAGUACUGCUUCCCGCCACAGCCGCAGGUCAUCUCUGCUUGCGCAGAACUGGCACGGCGCAUUGUCAGGGGCGAAACUCUGCACGACUCAGAAGACAUCGCCAAAGCGCGGCAGAAUCGCACGAUGGACAGCUGGCUUGUGACAUCGGGGAAGUCUCCAGAGAAGGACACGAAGCCUGGAAAGAUACUCGUCGUCGUAGGUACGUACUCGAUCGGCAAGGAACGCAUCGUCAAAGCAAUCGCCCGUGCUCUUCAGACAAAGGUAUAUUGCGAUUCGCGCAAGGCGGCCAUCUUGCGUUGUCAAGCAGACCCUGAGCUUCACGAUUUGCUCACGAAAGAUCCGCUUGAAGGAGGCGUGCAUCUGGUGCCGCUAGGCGUGAUUGCGUCAGACAGACUAAAGGACUACGUGGAGCGAUUCAAGGGGCAUUAUAUCAAGGCUGUCGGCUUCCGGCCCACAGGGUGGACUUUUUCCGCGCCGACGGGAAGUGAUAUGGUCCCCUCGGUGUCCACAAUCAUCGCGCGCACGCAGGGCCGUACAUUCACUCACGCGCACCUGAGCCCGAUGCGGAACUCGACGGCGGCAUUGCAGGUGUACGGCGUGCCGUACUCGGAGCACAGCUCGUUCUUCGAGCUAACAUGCUUUGCGCUCUCGCUGGACUGGGGACGGAUGAUUGCGACGGUGAACGUGGGGAGCGAGAAGUCGCGGAACAAGAUGGGGACAUGGAUUGAGCGGUGGGAGGUGGAGAGGAAGAAGCGGGCGAAAGGGGAGAUGGUGCAGCAUCGAGCACAAAAUUAUUGGUAG